CCGGCCGCCAGCCAGACGCGUGUUGGCUCUGCUGACUGGCUCGCUAGGGCCGGACCCAGCCCCCCCGCUCCUCCUCCCCCGCCGCCGCCGCUCUCCGCCCCUCGCGGGGGUCGCGGUCCCGGGCUUCGCCGCCUCUCGGGACACAGAAAAAAUGCCGGCAACUCCUCAUCUAUGAGGCCCUCUAUGAUAACAAACCCCUGUGCACGUGUGAGAUGGAAGGGAAACAGAUUAUGGAAACCGAUUUCUGUUUCGGGCUUCCAACAAGUUGCUCUAAGUGAGGCACUACAACCAUGCUGUUGGAGUUAGAAGAAAAGGGAUUUUUAUAGCUGUUGCUGCCUAAUACUAAAAGAGUUUUCAAGCAUCACAUUGUUCAAGCUGUAGUUCAAAGCACCCUGCCGCCAUUUUUCAGCAUAGGGAUGCUGAUACACAUAAUGCUGGAGGCUGCUUGACUCGAUUAAUCAAGUCUGCUCUAACGCACUGGAUUUACAGCGCACCAGAGAAGCCUCCCUGCAUGUAUUCUAAUGAAGAUUAAGUGACAACUGCCUGACCAAAAUGGUAGACACAGAAAGGGAGCUUUGUCCACUUACUCCCUUAGAGGAGGAGGAUCUUGGAAGCCCAUUUUCUGGAGAAUUCCUACAAGGCAUGGAGAACAUACAGGACAUCUCUCAAUCUAUAGGAGAUGACAGUUCUGGAGCAUUAAGCAUAACAGAAUUCCAGUCUUUAGGAAAUGGUCCAGGAUCUGAUGGCUCAGUUAUUACAGACACCUUUUCACCAGCAUCAAGUCCUUCAUCCAUUAAUUUUGCCACAGUUCCAAGUAGCGUAGAUGAAUCACCCAGUGGAGCAUUAAACAUUGAAUGUAGAAUUUGUGGGGAUAAAGCCUCAGGCUACCAUUACGGAGUACAUGCUUGUGAAGGUUGUAAGGGUUUUUUUAGGAGAACGAUUCGACUGAAACUCACCUAUGAUAAAUGUGAUCGCAGCUGCAAAAUUCAGAAAAAAAAUCGUAAUAAGUGCCAAUACUGUCGUUUUCAGAAGUGCCUUUCAGUUGGAAUGUCACAUAAUGCCAUCCGUUUUGGACGAAUGCCAAGGUCAGAGAAGGCAAAAUUGAAAGCUGAAAUUCUAACAGGUGAAAACUAUGUAGAAGAUUCAGAAAUGGCUGAUCUUAAAUCUCUUGCCAAGCAAAUUUAUGAGGCCUACCUGAAAAAUUUCAAUAUGAACAAGGUCAAAGCCAGAGUCAUUCUGGCAGGCAAGACCAGUAACAACCCACCAUUUGUCAUACAUGACAUGGAUACAUUGUGCAUGGCAGAGAAGACUUUGGUGGCAAAGCUGGUAGCUAAUGGAAUUCAGAACAAGGAAGCAGAAGUUCGAAUCUUUCAUUGUUGCCAGUGCACAUCUGUAGAGACUGUAACAGAAUUAACUGAGUUUGCCAAAUCUAUCCCUGGCUUCUCAAACCUUGACUUGAAUGAUCAGGUGACCCUAUUAAAAUAUGGAGUUUAUGAAGCCAUAUUUGCCAUGCUAGCUUCAGUGAUGAAUAAAGAUGGGAUGCUCGUUGCCUAUGGAAAUGGUUUUAUAACUCGAGAGUUUCUGAAAAGCCUAAGAAAGCCAUUUUGUGAUAUCAUGGAGCCGAAGUUUGACUUUGCAAUGAAAUUUAAUUCACUGGAGCUUGAUGACAGUGAUAUAUCCCUCUUUGUGGCUGCUAUCAUUUGCUGUGGAGAUCGUCCUGGUCUUGUAAAUGUAGGACACAUUGAAAAGAUGCAGGAGAGCAUUGUACAUGUACUAAAACUACACUUGCAAAACAACCAUCCUGAUGACAUCUUCCUCUUCCCAAAACUUCUUCUGAAAAUGGCUGACCUCCGACAACUUGUCACAGAGCAUGCUCAACUUGUUCAGAUAAUCAAAAAGACUGAAUCUGAUGCACACUUACACCCUUUACUACAAGAAAUCUACAGGGAUAUGUAUUAAGGGGUUUUGGUAUUUUUUCCGCAGUAUUUAAAGCCAACAGUAACACUAAUAAUAGAUGGGAGCAAAAUUACUUUGCACAAUUAUCUGCUGUGCUUUUAACACCAAAGCAUGAAAAAAACCAGAACUGGAAUAUCACUUCUUUUUUGCCUUGAAUUCUUCUUUUUAAGAAAUUUAAGGACACUUAUGCAGUGCUCGUGAAUUUGCUCAUAAAAGGUUCUGAAUAAUUUAAAAUUUGGGGAAUAGUGAGAAUUUUGUAUGUAUGUUUUUGUAUUAACAAAUUUGAAUCUAUUAAGUAGCGUAAAUAGAUCUUGAUUGAUCAAAAUUUUAUGUUCUAUAUUGAUUUAGUCAUUUAACCUUUAAUUUAAUUGGGCAAAUUCUCUCAAGGUAAAUGCACUAUCUUCUAUAGAUUAUGCACUCUUGUUUUAUAUACUCUCGUGGUCACUGAAAGCCAGCUUGUACUUUCUGACUUUUUUCUUGAAAUAAGGCGGUCAGUCUAAAUCUAUUGAGUGGUUGGGAAUAAUUAUAUAUUCACAUUUUUAUGUUUGAAAGAUCUUUUGCUUUGCUGCUCUCAGAAUUGGGUGAGUAACAGUACUGCUAUAGUAUUGUACUGCUUGGGUAAUUUUUAGAUUAGCCUGUUGAAAAGGCUUUCUUUAUUUUAACUUUUUUUUUUAAGUACAGCACUCGUAUAUAUCUUACCCAGAUGCGUGUUGGUGAAUUAGCACAUGAAAGUGACUGAAUGCUUGUUUCAAAAGUGUUCUAAGCAAAUAACAAGAAAAUGUCCCCUAUGGCUGGAUACAUUAAUACUGUGUUUGUCUUUGAGAAGUCAGAAUAGCUCAAGACGAAACUUUAACCUCAAAACAUCAUUUAAGUUAGCAGGACUUAGGGAGAAUCUCAGAGAUCUGAUGCUUUCCCCCAAAGAAGCUGAAGUACAAUUUGUCAACAUGCUGUUGCUUAAACUGAUGGUCUACUCUGAAAAAAAUGAUUUAGUAAAUACAGCACUUUCUUUCUUAAAAGGUCUGGUACCCUACUUGUUUACAUUUCUGACAGAUCAACUAUUUUACAUUCUUUGUAUCUGUUAGUCCCUCAAAGCUAACAGCUUUCUUAGCCUGAAUUUCCUUCUGUUCAUUUAUAUGCAUUGUCAACAGAAUAGUCAACUAAAUUUAAUUGAAUCCCAUUUUGUCCACAUUUGUAUGCACAUAUAGAGAUUACAUUUGCAUUGGAAGCAGAAUUUGUAGAUAGUGGACUCCUACAGACAUUUAGUUUCUCCUGGAAGAGUCGCUGCUUUCCCAGGAGAAACCAUGAGUGUACUGAUGUUCAUUCUUUUUCUCUCAAAAUAAAAUGGCCGCUCCAGGAGAGAGAACCUGGAUAGCAACUAGGGUUACAUCACUCCCAGGGCAAUUUCUCCUGAGAAAGUGAAAGUCUGUACACGCUGUGCUUCUUCUCAGAAGAAAACAGUCCUCCAGCAUGCCCCCUUCCGUCCCUCCUUCCUUCCCUCCCGGGAGACAGUGUGUCACUCCGUGGACUCUACUGCUUCAGCAGGGCAUAAAACACACCCCUUUCACAAUGUCCACAUUGUGCUGCAGAGAAGGUUGAUCAUGGGCAGUUAGGGCUGCCCUAUGCACUGGUGCCAUUUGAUGCUGGCCAGAUUAAACUGAUUGCAAAGAUAUGGAAGCGGGUAACAUUUUGGGGAAAAUGUCUUGCGGUAUGUAACUGGGAACAAAAUUUGAUCCUCAGAAUACCACUUAAUGGUGAUACUAUAUAAGCCAAAAUAUAACAGUAUGGUUUACUGUUCCCAUGUUACCUAUAGGCCUGUAAGCUAGGUUACUGAAAUAUAAUGAGCAUGAAACCCCAUGAUGCCAUUUUUACAGUUGUUUUCAGAGAUUUCUGUGCAAUGAAUGAAAAUAACUGCUAGCCAUGAGUUUCUUUGGGAAUUAACAUUUAAUACCUAUUUAUUAAAAACAUUAUUCUCUUUUAUCUGUAUUUUCUUUUCUUAUCCUAUCAGUUUCUCUAUUGUCCUUUUUUCUGUGGCUUGUUACAACAGUGUUGUUUAUUGUUUUUCUUGCGGCAAGGGGGGAGUUGGAAGCCAGUCUCAACUUUUUCUUGGCUUUUAGGCUUUCUCUGUCAAAGAAGGGUCAAUUUUUGCUUGUGUUAUCACAGUGUUUGUGGACCUUAAUCUUAAACCCACAUUAAUAGAAUCAAGCAUGCUUUUUGAGGCCCAGAACAUAGGAAAGUGAUCUUCAUUUUAAUUACAGAACAUGUUUCUGUUAGAAAUGUACUAGUUCUUUGAGGAUCUUGGUAGGUUCUGGUUCAUAUUUAAAAGCAUUUUUUAAUUUCAAGUUUGAUACUAUACUAUUAAAACAAUAUUAAAAAUAAAGCCAUGUAUACAGUAUGAUGUCAUUAUACCAAAUCCUAGGUUGGCUGUUUUGGGGGUUUUUGGGGGGUUUUGGGUUUUUUUGUUUGUUUGUUUUGGAGGGGGGAGGUUUAAAAGCCCUCCUUUCAAAGCAAACCAAACUGCAGGAACUGAUUUUUUCCAAACCUUCCCCCCCAACCCAUUCUUGUGAUGCAGCAAAUUGGUUAACCCUAUUAUAGAGAACAGCCUCUUUUAAUGACCUUGAAUCACAGGUUCUUAAGGGUUCAUUAUAACGAGGUUGUUUUGUAUGUACAACAACACAGUAAGGAUCUAUAUAGAAACUAGCCAUUAGGAAUAUUUGGAAUGUCUUGUGUAAAUUUCCCAUGCAUGUCUAAAAUGUAAUACGUGUGUCUGAGAAAACGAAUAGCAGUAGGUCCAUACGUACAAAAUGAUGGCCUACAGGUUUUCUUCCUUGUUCCCUUUUCCUACUCCCCACAACCAUCAGUAAGAAAUGUCUGAAUAUGGUAUAACCAUCUAUAACAAUCCUAUUAGGUAGUAGGUUCCCAAGUCUUAUCAGGAAAUAGUGGAUUGAGGAAUUGUCCUCCUUUACUUAUCAUUGCAAUACGUAGUGUGCCUUCCUGAUUCUUAGUCUGUCUUGACUCAUUAUGGAGCUCAGGGCAAUAAAUAUUUUUACGCAGAAGACAGAUUCAGAAUUGGAGUCAUUGAUAUCCGAUAUUACCAAAACUAGAGUUUCAAAAGCCCCAGAAAUUGGGCCUCAAAAAAUCAAAGGGCUCUUCAAUCCAACUGUAUCUCCAUUUUUUUUCUGGCCUUUUGUUUCUGACUGUUAGGAUACACUUAGUUUUUCAAGCUUUUUACUGACAACCAUAGAGAUAAUUACAACAAUUUUAAUGGAAGCUGAGAUUUGACACACAAUCGCUUGUGUCUAGGGCUUUGGACUUUAAAGAAAAAAAUAUAUAUUGGAGGCUCAUGAUGAAAACAUGAGCUUGUAUAUCAAUUUUUUAUUUUUUUAGAUUUAAAUAUGGACCUAAAUGCUCUGGACCUAAUACUGUACCUUCCUACUCAUUUGAUCUAUCCUUCUUGGUGAUUUAACUUAAUUUGUUUCAGGAUCAUAGCACUUCUGUUUCCAUUGUCCUUGUUUUUGUUGUAAUGGUGGCCUGGCAAAUUUUCAUUUGGGGCCAGAUUCUGUACUCCUACACAAAGCUUGAUAAAACAAGCUUACUCAGGGAAAUCAGGGAGGACAGGCCUUACUGCAGAGCAUCUCUUACAUCAACCUUUCCCCAUGUAGGAGUUUUGACCAGUGGCACAGCAUAAGCAUUGACACCUUGGCCGUACCCUUUCAUGCUACCAAUUGUGCCUUGUGAAGAGCCUCUGAAAGCAGAACUCCACUGUGUCUAGGACAGAAUGCAGUACUAAAGAAUCACAAUAAAUCCACUGUAUCUGGGUCUCUGUUGCACCUAAGACCCAAGUAAGACUUUUGCCCAAAAUGAGUAACCAUCAUUGCAGCAAAUCAUGAAUUUUUGAUUUUGCUACUAGGAAUAAUGUAUUGCUGACUGAAAGGUUGAUUUGAGCGCAACAUUCUCUAAAGACAGACUUUACAGCAGUGCUAGAAUUGCCUCUGAACAGAAGGAGCAAUAAGGCAUGGCUUUUGUAUGCAAAUUUUAAGGGGAUGUAUUUUGUUCCUUAAAACAAGAAUCCCUUAAAAGCUUAUUUUUUAAGGUUUGUGAUGCUGCUGACUUAGGUUUGGUCCUUGUAUUUGGCUUAAUUUUGGGUGGCUGUUAGUUUUUUACAUCAAAACAGAAAAAUCCCUUGUUCAAAAGAAUAUUAAGACUGCAGAAUUAAAUGUGCACAGGUUAGGAAUUACCAAAAUUAGGGUUUGUUGUCCUUCCCAUCCCCAAAAUCUAAUUCCCUUCUAUUCUUCUCUACUCCAUUGACAACCCUCCCCCAAUUAGCUUUUGUUGCCCUUCCUCCUGUGUCUUACCAUUCUCUGGCUCCUGUAAUCACCCCAGCUCCACUCUGCUUCCUCCUCAUCCCACUGCAUUAUCCUUAUCCAUGCUUAUUCUUCACCUUGCCACCUAAGCACAGGUAAGACUCUCCAUGUUUACGUUUCCUGUGCCACAGUGGCCAGAAGGAAUGAUUACAGGCAAAAUCUUAUUCAGCCCCUGCAGAGUUGUGAUGGGAUAUUUGAAGUUAUUGGGGAUGACGCAUGAGCAAACCAGUCAGCACGUAUGAAAUCUACAGAAACAGAAUAUGCCUGGUACAGGGGGAAUGUUUGGAACGCUUAGUAGCCAACUCUUAGUAUGUCCUUACAGAACAAGUGCAAUUCAUAUAUAUGUCAUUUUUUUAGCACUCAGAUUUUGCUAAAUGAGGAUGACUUUACAUGGAGAUGAUAAAAUAUAUGCCACUGUCACCAGGGUGACCCCCUGCCAAAUUUCAAGUUCAUGCUACAAAACUUGGAGGCACUGCUGAUCCUCAGUAAAACAAGUACAUUGAAAAGAGUAAAAUGAACUUACUGUAAUCUCAGAAAUGGCUGAAACUUUUGUUGUUGUUGUUCAAACUUUCUGAAUAAAUUCAGACUGAAGCAAAUACCUGGCAUGGGAAAUGUUAGUCCAGAUGGUUAACCAGUGAUAACAUUAUAAGCAACAGAAGACAGCAUCUUGCAGUGGGAAAUGUUGGGCAAACUUUUUAACUACAAGUGCUGUUAUAGGUAGCACAGUUAAUAAUUAUCAGGUAGAAUAUAUAUAAUUUGAGCUUUCUCCUUGCCUGUACCCUUGCUUCCUUUCUCUUGUUCUGUUUCAAGACCAAAGUAUUCAAAUUUGAAUGAUUUCUAGAACCAUUUGUUUUGUGCUUUGGACUUAGAAUUACAGUUAAACAAUAUAUAGUAAAAGAACAAGAUUGUACAAAAACUUGAACAAAAGGUUCACAGAGCAUAAAAUUUUUGGGUGAUUCCACUAACCAAGAGUGUACUAUAAAGAUACCUGCGCUGCUUUUAGAGUUUAAUGUACAGGACAACAGGCUCACUAGAUUUAGCAUUGCUUUACAAGAAACAUUUUUUUUUCUGUAUUACAGAUUUCACAAAUCCUAGACCAGCUACCUCAAAAGAUGAUCAUAGUAGGCACUGGAAAACUAAAUUUAAAAAAGGCUGCAUUUGUGUUUGCUUUUGCAAAUGCUCACAGUUUGGGAAAUUUAGGUUAAAUACUAAUAGGUUCUCACUAUAAUUUCCAUCAUUCAGUUUUUAAAAAAGAUCAAUUCUGUAAGUAAAAGUGGUCAUAUUUUAAAAAACAACAUGCCAGAAAGUCUGUAAAUAGCAUUUUAGGUACAGCAUUAAUGUUAAUUUUUCCUAUUAUUUAUUUGUAUUAUUGAACACCUAAGAACCCCAGUUGUGGAUUAGGAUUCUAUUUUUCCAGACAUUGGACAGACACAACAAAGGAGAACCUUUCCACAAAGAGCUUUAAGAGUUAAUAGAAAGGGAGGGGAGCACAAGGAAAUACUGAUCAACAUGAUAAAUCUCAGCACGCGUGUAGACAUGGUUGAGUUUGGGUUUUUUUGUAUGCCUCAUGCCAAAAAAUGUCUUAAGGAGGGAUUUUAAUUUGGUUUUAGGGAGAUUUUGCUUAACUGAGUUAGUACUUUAGGAUAUUUGGUUUAAAUAUACAUUCUCCUUUCAGUGCACAAGUAUGUAACUAUCCUUACUACAAAUAGAUGGUUAUUUUGUACCCCAUUGUACUUGUUAAUUUACAAGCCCACCCCUAUUUUUAACCCACCAAAAUGAGGACUUUUUCCACUUUCAAAAAUUAGCCCCUUUUUGGCAUUUAAAAUAUGUAUUUUUUCAUUUUCCCAUGUUUCAGUUUCUAGUUCCAACCAGCUGCUAAAGCGUUGAAGUAGUGCCAAAGUGUAUGUUUUGGCAGUAUUUCUGGCCCAACCAGAUGUGUAAUUGCUGGUAUUUCCUAUUAGAGGCUAUACUCUUAAAGUCAGCACAAUUUGCAGACUGGAGAGGUUAUGAUAAUCAUCUAAAUAUUUGUUUAUUCGAACUGCUGAACAUUUAGAGACUUACCCAUGACUAGAACUAUGUCUAAUACUGAACUAAUGUUAAAUCUAUGUAGCCUUUCUUUUCUAGUAGGCAGCUUAGAAGUCUUAAACAACGCAUUUGGAGAAAACGACAUUGUUCUUUUAGUCCUUUGUCUUCUAAAGUCCCCUGCUCUUUCUCCUCUAGUUUUAGAUCAGUUUGUUCCAGUGUUUCCAGUCAAAAAUCGUUCAUCUUAAAGCUUUCUUUUUAAUGGUUAAAAAACAACUGGCAAUUACACUUUUAUAGAAUGAAUUUACAGCUGAUUGUUAUUUUAGUUAUUGAACACAAUGUCUCUAUAUAAAUUGGCACUUCAUUGGAAAUCAUGAGCCUUUAAUAAGGCUGAAAUAGAAGGGUUGGUGUCUGGUGUUUGACUCUUUCUCACUGCUAUUUGAAUAGCUAGAUUUAUUCACAUUUUGAAUAUCUGGAUUUAAUAAACUUUAUCCCUGCUCCUAGAUGCUUAAAUUAUAAUAUGGUAAUUUUAACUAAGAUUCCUGGUAUUACGUGUCUUGCCUUUUUCUUGUUUAAACGUCAUGCUGCAGUUUGUAAAAUAUAAUAGCAAAGCAAAAAGUUUUAAAUUGUCUUACAGAAACACUUUAAAGAGCCAUGUAAAUUAUUUAAAUUGAACACUGUCUGUGGACCUUCUCUUCCAAAUUUUUAUUCUUGGCAGGUAAAGGUUUACUUGUAUGGCUAAAGGCCAGAAGGGCUAAAGAUGAAUUAUUAUUUAUUUCCUACUAGACUUCAAUUACCAUAUAUUCUGUUUAAAAAAUUGAAUCAUAUCAGUUUAUGUAGUCACGGUUGUAACCAAGUUUUUAAAUGUAUUUUUACAUAGACCAUAGACUUCCUUUUUUGCUUUUCUUAGAUAAAAGUAAGUGUCACAGGAAAAGCUAUCAUUCUAAAAUGCUUAGAAUUAAUUAUUAGGUUUAAACUCGCCAAUACAGAGUGUGGAUCUUAGAACCACAUUCAUCUUUGUAAUGUACUACAGUGCUUUGCACUUAGGUGAGAUAACUGGUAAGAGAACUAAGGACGAGAGUUUCUGUACAUGUUAGAUCUAUUUUAUCUAAUAAUUCCAUGAAAAGAUGUUCUGCUGGUUAAUAGGAAUAAUGAUGUCCUACAGAAUGUUUCUAUGUAAAAAUAUUGUUGCUACCUGCAUAGAGGUUAAUCUGUGAUUUCUUAUUAUUUCAACACAUGUAAAUACCCCUUGACAAUGCAAACCUAGUAAUAAUUGAAAUAUACAUACCUUGAAAGUUCUUCAUCGGUUUCUGUGUGGGAACAUUCCAUUUUCCUAUGCAUGUUCAUCUAGAUGAAAAUAGAAUCAAUACAUAGGUCCAAAUUCUGUAUACUGGGCUAUACAGCUACAUGUGUGCAGGUAAGCCUGAAAACAAAUUAUUUUACAGAAUCAGGGCCAUAGACAGUUAACAAAUGAAUUGUUUAUGAAUUUUAUUUUGAAGUAGUCAAAAAAAUUGCCACUUAUGACAAAUGCAGUACGUAUUUUAAUUGUUCUAACUGUGAUUUAUAUUCAUUGCCAUUUGUUUGCAAUCCAUUAAAUGUCAUUUUUUUAAAGUUGCACCAGUUUUAUAAUUGCAGAUUGAUAAAUUCAGGUACUCUUUGUUCAUAGAUAAUGUAUAAAAUUUCUCUUAUGAAGUAAAUGUCAAAUUUGUAAAUGCUUUAUACUGUAUUCUCUUUUGGUAAUCUACAACAGUUUAUUUUUCUGCCCUGAAUUUUAAUGGUCUGAGGCAGCAGUAAAAUAAAACCUGUGAAGAGAAACAUUACAUAUGUUCUUUCAUACUAUAAUUGUACAAAAGAGAUCUUUCCAGUUAGCCAAAAUCAUCUGAGGACAAAGUUGCUUUUCUAACAUUAGUCAGCUAAAUAAUUGAUUAAGGCAUUUGCAGCUUCUGAAACUCCAUUUGGUCUUAAGCUCUUUCCCUUUUAUUAAAUGAAGUUGUCAGCUCCAUCUGAAUUACAAGGAAAGGCAGAAGGGGGGAGCAUUAGGUUUUUUAAUGCAUAGUAGUUGUAGCAUUUUUGCCUAAGCAAGCACUUCAGACCCAAUUUUUGAAUACAUGAGAGCAGUCCUUAGUUUGUGAAACUAUGCACAUAAGUAGGGACUAUUAAUACGAAUAAAGGUUAUUGGGCUAGGCCCUAAAAAAGGACUGAAAGAUCUGUUCCAAGGUGUAUGUCAGAAGCACAACAUUAUAUUCUGUCUUCUUUUUGCAUGUAUACCAUAAUUACUCAUUGUUGAAUCUUGACUCAGCAUUAACUGUAAAAUGGCAUGUGGGUUUGGUUAUCUCGUCUGACUGCUAUGACUGACUCUAUAUGCCACAGGAGUUCCGGAGAAAUAGCCUACAUCCUGGACUUUUAGGAAGGUAUCUGUAGAAAAACUUGUUGGAUUCAUAUGCAGAUAUACUUUGUACAGGGUGCUUAUCAAAGCCACAUGACCUCUGAUGCAUUCAAAUACCAUACAUAUAUUUUUAUCACAUGGAAGCCAGAACUACCCUUAUCUUCAAACAGCUUUAUGGCCUUCUUUAAUACAGCAGCACAGUUAUUAUGGUAGUUAUGAUAAUGAUACCAUGUCCUCCCAACACUGGCUGCAGACUGGUUUAAGCAACUACUAGACAGGGCAGCUAAUUUCACUUGUCAACACUGAACUGUGGAAUUGAUGGAAUAAUGCCAUGGAAAGGGGUCACUGUGCCUUCUCAUUCUCGGAGACAAUUUACAAAGUGUAAGUGGGUAAGGGAAGCAUAUUUAAAAGCCAGAGCCCCGUUGCUGUAUCCCUCAUCCGUAGGCAGCUAUCCCCUCUGCUUACAGAAGUGAAAGUGCACUUAGGCCUUGUUUAUUUCCUUCAUAGUGACAACAAAAUAGUUGGAUGUGUAAUAAUGCUCAUUUAACAAAAUGGUAAAAUUUAAUUUUAGUGACUUAUUAGCUCUAAAUUUCAAUUUUUUCAUUAAUUCUUCAGGUUAGCGGCAUCAUUGUGUUGUUAUAUCAUUGAAAUUCUGCCAUGCCCUUUACAAGGCCUUUGAUGCCGCCGUUAAUUAAAAUGCUGAUGUGAUUAAACAGACAUCAAUACAUACAAACAUCUGGAUUUUCAGUUCUCUGGUAUUUUAAAAACAUGCCUUCUGUGCCUUUUACUAUACUAAAAUAUAAAAGUGUAAUGGAAAUUGAUUAAGAGCAGAUAUUGCUAAGCAGGGAUGACUCAAAAAUCAUGAAAUGGCUGUCUUCUGUGAAGUACCACUAACUCAGGUUAAAUUCUCAAGUGUAUUUCAUCCAAACAAUACAAGUAGCAUUUUAAAAAGAGGGAAUGAAAAGUCCUGGUAAUAUAGCAAGGUCAAAGUCUAGGUAUCUUUUUUCUGCACUUGUUGAAGUAAAAAAAUAAUAUUUCUAAACAAAAUAAUGAAUUCAGAAUGUUUUGUCUAUUGAUUUUUUUUUAUUUUAUUUUUUUUAAGAAUAAAAAGGCCUGCUUAAUUCAAGUGUUUGUUCCCAUUUUUAUUUCCAUCCUGAUUUUUUUUUUUUUCCUAUUUCAUAAAUAAGGUGUUGGAUUGAUAGCAACUGUACCCUGGCUUCUAGGAACCUAUGUACUUAAAGAACCAUGCUGUAAUACUGAAUGUAAAAAUGGCUAAUUUUUAAGGGGGGGGGGGGUGUUGCCUUAAAGGUUGAAAAAAUAAAGUAUUUUUAAAAAUUG